ACACUAGUGUUUUAUUUUAUAAAUUUUACUAAUUGCAGUACUUAACGGAUCGCAACGGAUGCGACUAUAAAGUCCAUUUUAGAGGGUGCGGAGAAUCUUUCGAAUUUAUAUUAUUUAUUAAAAAAUUGUCAUGAACAGAUUAAUUAAACAUUAAUAUUUUAUAAUGAAUUUCAAAACUUGGUCAGCUGUUGCGGGAGUUUUUAUUGGUUGCUGCAGUAAUGUAAUAUUCUUAGAGUUACUGAUUAAAUAUGAUCCUGGGUCCGGCAAUUUAAUAACGUUUUCACAAUUUCUCAUCAUAGCCAUUGAGGGCUUCAUAUUUACUUCAAAAUUUGGUAAAGUAAAACCUGUAAUUGGUCUCAGGGAUUACGGUAUCUUGGUGCUAAUGUUUUUUCUUACAAACGUUUGCAAUAACUAUGCGUUCAAUUUUAAUAUUCCUAUGCCGUUGCAUAUGGUUUUCAGGGCCGGUUCCCUAAUGGCUAAUAUGUUAAUGGGCAUUGCGAUAUUGAAAAGACGUUACGUCAUUUCCAAAUAUUUAUCUGUCCUCUUAAUAACCGUGGGCAUUGUGAUGUGUACAUUAGUUUCGGCUAAUGAAGUGGAGGAUACCAGUAAUCCAAAAUUGAAAUCUACAGCAGCUAAGAAUGAAGAAUAUUCCGCAAUAUUUUGGUGGACGCUGGGCAUAAUCAUUUUAACUAUAGCUUUAUUAAUAUCCGCUUGUAUGGGUAUAUAUCAAGAAUUUUUGUAUAGAAAAUAUGGAAAAAGAUCCCGAGAAGCUUUGUAUUAUACGCAUCUUCUACCGUUACCCGGCUUUCUAUUAAUGGGCUCGAAUAUAUGGCAGCAUUUCAUUAUAAGUGUUGGCAGCGACCCGUUCAAGUUAUUAAAUAUCAAUUUAUAUUUACCAGAACAAAUUGUUUAUUUAAUUUUUAAUAUGAUGACACAAUAUGUAUGCAUAAGUUCUGUUUACGUUUUAACGGCGGAAUGCACCUCUUUAACAGUCACACUAGUGCUUACAUUAAGAAAAUUCGUAUCAUUGUUAAUAUCUAUAGUGUAUUUCAAAAAUCCUUUCACUCUUUACCAUUGGAUGGGCACAAUAUUAGUUUUUACGGGUACUGUUAUAUUUACUGAGGCUUAUCCAAAAACUCUAUGGCCUCUCGUUACGCGACAGGGGUAUAGUAAUGAUCAUAAAAAAGUAAAAACAAAAUAGUUAGAUUUUUUUUUAUUCAAAAUAUCAUAUAGGCACAAAUGCGUAGAUCAAAAAGUUCCGUACUAUUAUCAUGUAACAUAUUUU